CUUCUUUUCCGAGCUGCGGUUGCUUUUCUGUCUCUUUCGCCGCAUCGCCGCUCUCCCGACCCUACCUGGGCUUAGACACAUAAUAAUCAAAGGGCUGGGCGCAGUCGCUUCCCAAACAACUGCUUCGGUCUCCGACGCACGCCACGAGACGCUUUGUGCAGAUAACCUCGCAUACGGUAACCAUUGCCUCCGCCUUGCUUCGUAAUCGGCGCUCACUGGGGAUAAGCCCCGCACAGCCACCGGCCCGUACGUGUGCCUGUACAUAUGCGAACGAUUCCCCGGAGCCCCUCCACGCCUCGAUCACGCUCAAUCAACCUCGGUGGUAGACGCCCACAAUGCUAGGAUCACUCGCCAGCCGCUGGCAGGCGACGGGCGACCAGCAAAAGACAGCCCCAACCUGGUUCGACCGUCACCUGUUCCCCGUCCUGCUCUCGGUAGCCAAGAGGGCAUGCACGCAUCCCAUCCACACCAUUGUCACCAUUGCCGUCCUCGCCAGCUACUCGUACCUCGGUGUCUUGGACAAGGGGCUCUUGGAGAGCGGCAUCGAGGACAUCUCCAACAAGGUCGACUUCCAGUCCCUUUUGGCGGGCAGUAAGACACUGAGGGUUGGAGAAGAAACAUCAUGGCAGUGGGAGGCCUCGGACGCCAGAGGCAGUGCUGCCGACAACGCCCAGGAACUCGCCCUCGUCACCCUCGUCUUCCCUUCGUCCAGCUCCCUCAACUCGGCCCCCUCGCAACAAUCCGUCCCUCAGAAUGUGUCCGCACAGCUCCUUCCCAGCUCAUACAGCCCCUUCUCUACUCUUUCUCACGACACCUCGCUGGCAUACGCCAUGCCAUACGACGAGGCUGCCAAAUUCAUCGAAGCCAUGCAAGAGAUCCCCGCACCAGAGGAUAUCACCCAAGCCCAGAGCCCUGCGCAUGAAGGUUCCCGCGAGCAGAAGAAGUGGAUGAUGCGUGCCUCCAAGCACGGAAAUGCUUCUUCAGGAAUGCGCAACUGGAUCGUCGACUCUUGGACCUCAUUCCUUGACCUACUCAAGAACGCUGACACUGGUGAUAUUGUCAUCAUGGCCAUGGGAUACCUUGCCAUGCACCUGACGUUUGUGUCCCUCUUCCUCGCCAUGAGGCGACUGGGUUCCAACUUCUGGCUGGCUACUGCUGUUCUACUGCAGUCCGCCUUUGCCUUCCUCUUUGCCCUCGCUGUGACGACUUACUUCGGUGUCUCUAUCAACUUGAUCCUUCUCUCCGAGGGGCUUCCCUUCCUAGUUGUCAUCAUCGGGUUUGAGAAGCCCAUUGUUCUCACAAAGGCCGUCUUGUCUGCAUCCUUGGACGGCCGACGAGCAGCCGAGGAGAAGCGUGGCGAGCCUGUAACAAUCCAAUCCGCCGUGCAGACCGCUAUCAAGAAGACUGGCUUCGAGGUUGUCCGUGACUACUUCUUCGAGAUUCUGGUUCUCGUCGCAGGCGCCUUGUCUGGAAUCCAAGGCGGUCUACGCCAGUUCUGUUUCCUAGGUGCCUGGAUUCUCUUCUUCGAUUCCCUCAUGCUUCUGACCUUCUACACGUCCAUUCUCACCGUCAAGCUUGAGAUCAACAGAAUCAAGCGUCAUGUUGCUCUUCGCCGCGCUCUCGAAGAUGACGGUAUUGACGGCAAGGUCGCUGAGAGCGUUGCUCGCAGCAACGACUGGCCUAGUGCUCGUGACGUGCAGGUCAGCAACAACAGCACGACUGUCUUUGGAAAGAAGAUCACCGUCCCCAAGUUUAAGAUUUUUAUGGUCGCUGGGUUUUUCCUUGUGAACAUCCUUAAUGUUACCACCCUCAAGUUUGGUCUUGCACCUUGCAAGUCCUACUUUGUCUCUGUUGUUGGCUCUACCCCUCCCCUGGAUCCUUUCAAGGUUGCUGGAAGUGGCUUGGAUCACAUCUUUGAGCAAGCAAAGGAAGCCGCAACAUCGACCAUUGUUACUGUUCUCAUGCCGAUCAAGUACGAGCUCGAAUUCCCUUCGAUUCACUACGCAGAGCCUUCUCUUUCCGACUCAGGCCAUGCCUUUGGCACUAACAUUAGCACCCACAUUGUCGAUGGCGUGCUCAAGAGUCUGGAGGAUCCGUUCCUUAGCAAGUGGAUCGUACUUGCGCUCGUCAUGAGCGUGGUUCUCAACGGUUACCUCUUCAAUGCUGCUCGAUGGACAAUCAAAGAGCCGCACAAGGCACUGGAACCUCCUUCUCCCUCUGAAGUCCUUGACGGAGCCCCCACUGUCCCCGGAACCCCUCGCAUUCCAUCCAUGUACAUGCCUACCCCGCCCCGUACUCCUGGCCCAGAGGAACAAGUCAAGUGUCUGCAGCCACUUACACAAGUCCAGCCAAGACCCCAGCCAGAGGUUCCAGCAGGCCCAACGGAAGAGCAGCAACGCCAGCCUAACCGCCCCUACGAGAUUCUCGAACAAAUGGUCAAGGACAAGCAGGCAUCUAAACUGACCGACGAGGAACUGAUUGAGAUGUCGCUAAGGGGUAAGAUCCCAGGUUACGCAUUGGAGAAGACGCUCGGCGACAAGACUCGCGCUGUCAAGAUUCGCCGCGGUCUCGUUUCCCGAACACACGCUACACGAGAAACGUCAACUCUGCUGGAACGCUCGCUUCUGCCAUACAAGGACUACAACUACGAUCUUGUCCAUGGCGCAUGCUGUGAAAACGUCGUUGGUUAUCUCCCUCUUCCGCUUGGUGUUGCCGGCCCAAUGCUCAUCGAUGGUCAAAAUUACUUCCUCCCCAUGGCAACUACUGAAGGUGUCCUUGUCGCUUCAACUUCGCGCGGUGCAAAGGCUAUCAACGCUGGUGGCGGUGCCGUUACUGUUAUCACUGGCGAUGGCAUGACUCGUGGACCUUGUAUUGGAUUCGACAGCCUUGCGCGCGCAGGUGCUGCCAAGAUCUGGCUUGACUCGGAAGAAGGCCAAAGGACCAUGAAGGACGCUUUCAACUCUACCUCUCGCUUCGCCAGGUUGCAAUCGAUGAAAUCUGCCAUUGCUGGAACCAACAUCUACGUUCGCUUCAGGGCUACGACUGGCGAUGCCAUGGGCAUGAACAUGAUUUCCAAGGGUGUCGAGCAUGCUCUCAACGUCAUGGCUAAUGACUGCGGCUUUGAAGACAUGCGUGUGGUUGCUGUUUCUGGCAACUACUGUACCGACAAGAAGUCUGCUGCCAUCAACUGGAUCGACGGCCGUGGCAAGGGUGUUGUUGCCGAAGCCAUGAUUCCCGGCUCCGUUGUUCGAUCAGUCCUGAAGUGUGAAGUCGACGAUCUUGUCCAGAUGAACAUUUCCAAGAACUUUAUCGGCUCAGCCAUGGCGGGUGCUAUGGGUGGAUUCAACGCGCACGCUGCAAACAUUGUUGCUGCCAUCUUCUUGGCUACUGGUCAGGACCCUGCCCAGGUUGUUGAAAGUGCCAACUGCAUCACCAUUAUGAACAAUGUCAACGGCAACCUCCAGAUUUCGGUUUCGAUGCCUUCGAUAGAAGUCGGCACCAUUGGUGGUGGGACCAUUCUUGAGCCUCAAUCCGCCAUGCUCGACCUGCUUGGCGUACGGGGCGCCCAUCCAACUUCUCCCGGUGACAAUGCUCGCCAGCUCGCUCGCGUCAUUGCCGCCGGUGUGCUUGCGGGUGAACUGUCGCUCAACAGUGCGCUGUGCGCUGGCCACCUGGUCAAGGCACACAUGGCACACAACAGGAGUAACGUUCCCUCCCGAGCGCCCACACCCGGCACCAUGACGCCCGUUGCGUCAGGUACUGGGCUGAGCCUGAUGAACGCAGCUGCAGGGAUUGUGCCCAAGCGAUAGAGAAAGUAUAACGUGUUAAAUGGAGAGGUUCUUAUCUUUAUACAUGCACAUUUUGUAUGAUGGGAAGAGACGCCCGUUGUCUAGAUUCUUUUUUUAUGCCGGGCUUCUUCACCAAGAAAUUCUUCUUCUUCUUUGUCCCUGGUUUACACUCACACUUAAUUUCCUCUUGAGCAGUUGUUCUUUUGUUUUCCCCCGUCGGGACACAACUUAGCAUGCAAAUACAAGCUUUUUCCUUUGUUCAGUAAAGAGGUUGUGGUCAAGAGGUUGUGAAGCAUGAGCACUUCACUCGAUAUGUUUUCAUGUUUCGGUAUUUCUGAUGAUUUUUCCAUUGAUACUACUGUCCAAGUAACUAUGGUUUUUGCGACCAUUGUUGACAUGCGCCUUGCUUGUAUCCACCACAUACAUAUAAAACGGCUAUCCCUCCACACACACACACACACACACACAAACACACAAACACACUCCCCCCC